AACUAUAUCUUAUUAUAAAAUAAAACACUAAAGGAACAAAGACUCUUAAGCUCGGGUAGCUUUUAUUUUUCACCGACAUAUUGCCUACUCCGCUAUCGAUGUACUCUGGGAUUGUUAGCAUAGCCUUGCAAAACGUGCCUUAUUCUCACUCAGCUAGUUUGGUCUAGACAAAAUGGCGAUCCUCAUAUAGGGGUCGAGCGUGAUCUCCUGACACAUUUAAAUCCUUUUUGGGGAGAGUGUUUCUUACUUUGUGACCUUUUUUUGACAACCAUGUUAACCAACAUUGCUCUGCGAACUGUUCUGAAGGCUUCAGUCAGUGUUUUCCGAGGGAGCUGCAGCGCUGGUCUGACAGCAGCACCGAGAGUCACAGGCGGUUGCUUCGCUAUUCCUCCACCAGUGAGACAUUAUGCUCGUGUUGUAAAGAAAAAGAAGACAGGCCCUGAGAGCCAACUCAGUGAUCUCCCUCCAACAUUACUGAAGAGUGGCUUUGCAGCCGUGCCCCUCGCGCAAACGACUGAUGAUGUUAUCAAAAGACUUCUUUCAUUGGAGCUGGCGAGUCAUAGUGAAAAGCUCCAGCUGAAAAAGGAACAGCUGAUCGCAAAAGUCCAGAGGGAUGAGAAUGACCGCAGCUCAGUGGAAGUCAAGGUGGCUAUUUUGACAACGAAAAUCCGAAACUUCCAGGAGCACCUGCGACAACACAACAAGGACAAAUCUAAUAAAAGGCGGAUGCUCAUGGCCAUUGAUCGAAGGAAAAAGCUAUUGAAAAACCUGAGGUUGGUUAACUACGAUGCCUUUGAGAAGGUGUGCGAGCAGCUGGGCAUCACUUACAGUUUCCCCCCGGAGUACUACAGGCGGGUCACUCAUCGCUGGGUGGCUAAGAAGGCCCUCUGCAUUAAGGUCUUCCAGGAAGUGCAGAAGCAGAAAGCAGAGCAGAGGCUGAAGAUGAGCCAGAGUUUAGCCCCCACAGACCCCAAGGCAGCCAAGACAGCAGCUGUUUAGACCCCAUUAAAAACAGUAACCUGUAUAAAACAACAACUGAUACUAAAUGCUUGUCUUAACCAAGUUACAUUAAGUCCUUUUUCCAUGUAUUACCAUCAUACAAUAUGUUUCCUUUUAUUGCUUUCAUGUUGAUGUCUGAAUAAAAUGGAAAUAAAAUGUCUUAAAAAGUUGUA